CGUGUGGUUGGCGGGCCCAAUAACUGCUCUGGGCGAGUGGAGGUGUACUACGCAGAAGAGUGGGGGACGGUAUGUGAUAAUGGAUGGGACCUGGUUGAUGCCCAGGUGGUCUGCAGGGAGCUGGGCUGUGGGGCGGCAGAGAGUGCUCUGAGAGAAGCCUGGUACGGUGUGGGCGCUGGUCCAAUUACCCUGGAUGAUCUGCAAUGCACAGGCCAGGAGGCGUCACUGCUGGAGUGCCGGAGCGGAGAGCUGGGAGAACACAACUGCCACCACACCCAGGACGUGGGCGUGGUCUGCAGCUCCUUCUCACUGCGCUUGGUGAACGGCCCCCAUCGCUGCUCUGGAAGGGUGGAGGUGUACUACGCAGGACAGUGGGGGACAGUGUGCGAUGACCUGUGGGAUCUGAACAAUGCCCAUGUGGUCUGCAGACAGCUAGACUGUGGGGAGGCCGUGCAUGCUCCUCGAUUUGCCCAUUUUGGGGAAGGUCGCGGCCUGAUUGCACUGGAUGACCUGAGGUGUUCUGGUUCUGAAGAGUCUCUGGAGCAUUGUAGCCACCGUGGAUGGGGAAACCACAACUGUGAACACUAUGAAGAUGCCGGGGUCACCUGCUCUGGCAGCUCCUUCUCACUGCGCUUGGUCAACGGCACUGACCGCUGCUCUGGAAGGGUGGAGGUGUACUACGCAGGACAGUGGGGGACAGUGUGUGAUGACAGGUGGGAUCUAAAUGAUGCCCAAGUGGUCUGCAGACAGCUAGAUUGUGGGGAGGCUGUAGAGGCCCCUGGAAAAGCUUACUUUGGGCAAGGUAGUGGCCCAAUCACGCUGGAUGACCUGGGAUGUUCUGGUUCUGAAGUGGCUCUGCACCAGUGUAGCCACCGUGGGUGGGGAAACCACAACUGCAGACACCAUGAAGACGCCGGGGUCACCUGCUCUGGCAGCUCCUUCUCACUGCGCUUGGUCGACGGCACUGACCGCUGCUCUGGAAGGGUGGAGGUGUACUACGCAGGACAGUGGGGGACAGUGUGUGAUGACGGCUGGGGUCUGAACGAUGCCCAUGUGGUCUGCAGACAGCUGGACUGUGGGGUGGCAUUCCAAGCUAAGGGAACAGCUUACUUUGGGGAAGGUAAUGGCCCAAUCACGCUGGAUGACCUGGGAUGUUCUGGUUCUGAAGAGGCUCUGCACCAGUGUAGGCACCGUGGGUUGGGAAACCACAACUGCAGACACCAUGAAGACGCUGGGGUCAUUUGCUCUGGCAGCUCCUUCUCACUGCGCUUGGUAAAUGGCCCCCAUCGCUGCUCUGGAAGGGUGGAGGUGUACUACGCAGGACAGUGGGGGACAGUGUGCGAUGACAGCUGGGGUCUGAACGAUGCCCAAGUGGUCUGCAGACAGCUAGACUGUGGGGAGGCUCUAGAUGCCUAUGCAUCAGCCCACUUUGGGGAAGGUAGCGGCCCAAUCACACUGGAUGACCUGGAAUGCUCUGGUUCUGAAGUGGCUCUGCACCAGUGUACCCACAGUGGGUGGGGAAACCACAACUGUAUACACUAUGAAGACGCCGGGGUCACCUGCUCUGGUGAUAGCUCCUUCUCACUGCGCUUGGUCAACGGCACUGACCGCUGCUCUGGAAGGGUGGAGGUGUACUACGCAGGACAGUGGGGGACAGUGUGUGAUGACGAGUGGGGUCUGAACGAUGCCCAUGUGGUCUGCAGACAGCUAGACUGUGGGGUGGCUCUAGAUGCUCCUGCAUCUGCCCAUUUUGGGGAAGGUAGCGGCCCAAUCACACUGGAUGACCUGGGAUGUUCUGGUUCUGAAGGUUAUCUGGAUCAUUGUAGCCACAGUGGAUGGGGAACCCACAACUGUGAACACUAUGAAGACGCCGGGGUCACCUGCUCUGGCAGCUCCUUCUCACUGCGCUUGGUCGACGGCACUGACCGCUGUUCUGGAAGGGUGGAAGUGUACUACGCAGGACAGUGGGGGACAGUGUGUGAUGACGGCUGGGGUCUGAACGAUGCCCAUGUGGUCUGCAGACAGCUAGACUGUGGGGUGGCAGUCGAAUCCCAUACAUCAGCCCACUUUGGGGAAGGUAGUGGCCCAAUCAUGCUGGAUGAUCUUGGAUGUUCUGGUUCUGAAGAGGCUCUGUACCAGUGUAGCCACCGUGGGUGGGGAAACCACAACUGCGGACACCAUGAAGACGCCGGGGUCACCUGCUCUGGCAGCUCCUUCUCACUGCGCUUGGUCGACGGCACUGACCGCUGCUCUGGAAGGGUGGAGGUGUACUACGCAGGACAGUGGGGGACAGUGUGUGAUGACGAGUGGGGUCUGAACGAUGCCCAUGUGGUCUGCAGACAGCUAGACUGUGGGGUGGCUCUAGAUGCCUAUGUAUCAGCCCACUUUGGGGAAGGUAGCGGUCCAAUCACACUGGAUGACCUGAGAUGUUCUGGUUCUGAAGUGUCUCUGUACCAGUGUAGCCACAGUGGAUGGGGAAACCACAACUGCGGACACCAUGAAGACGCCGGGGUCACCUGCUCUGGCAGCUCCUUCUCACUGCGCUUGGUCAACGGCACUGACCGCUGCUCUGGAAGGGUGGAGGUGUACUAUGCAGGACAGUGGGGGACAGUGUGUGAUGACGGCUGGGGUCUGAACGAUGCCCAUGUGGUCUGCAGACAGCUAGACUGUGGGGUGGCAGUCGAAUCCCAUACAUCAGCCCACUUUGGGGAAGGUAGUGGCCCAAUCAUGCUGGAUGAUCUUGGAUGUUCUGGUUCUGAAGAGGCUCUGUACCAGUGUAGCCACCGUGGGUGGGGAAACCACAACUGCGGACACCAUGAAGACGCCGGGGUCACCUGCUCUGGCAGCUCCUUCUCACUGCGCUUGGUCGACGGCACUGACCGCUGCUCUGGAAGGGUGGAGGUGUACUACGCAGGACAGUGGGGGACAGUGUGUGAUGACGAGUGGGGUCUGAACGAUGCCCAUGUGGUCUGCAGACAGCUAGACUGUGGGGUGGCUCUAGAUGCCUAUGUAUCAGCCCACUUUGGGGAAGGUAGCGGUCCAAUCACACUGGAUGACCUGAGAUGUUCUGGUUCUGAAGUGUCUCUGUACCAGUGUAGCCACAGUGGAUGGGGAAACCACAACUGCGGACACCAUGAAGACGCCGGGGUCACCUGCUCUGGCAGCUCCUUCUCACUGCGCUUGGUCGACGGCACUGACCGCUGCUCUGGAAGGGUGGAAGUGUACUACGCAGGACAGUGGGGGACAGUGUGUGAUGACGGCUGGGGUCUGAACGAUGCCCAUGUGGUCUGCAGACAGCUAGACUGUGGGGUGGCAGUCGAAUCCCAUACAUCAGCCCACUUUGGGGAAGGUAGUGGCCCAAUCAUGCUGGAUGAUCUUGGAUGUUCUGGUUCUGAAGAGGCUCUGUACCAGUGUAGCCACCGUGGAUGGGGAAACCACAACUGCGGACACCAUGAAGACGCCGGGGUCACCUGCUCUGGCAGCUCCUUCUCACUGCGCUUGGUCGACGGCACUGACCGCUGCUCUGGAAGGGUGGAGGUGUACUACGCAGGACAGUGGGGGACAGUGUGUGAUGACGAGUGGGGUCUGAACGAUGCCCAUGUGGUCUGCAGACAGCUAGACUGUGGGGUGGCUCUAGAUGCCUAUGUAUCAGCCCACUUUGGGGAAGGUAGCGGUCCAAUCACACUGGAUGACCUGAGAUGUUCUGGUUCUGAAGUGUCUCUGUACCAGUGUAGCCACAGUGGAUGGGGAAACCACAACUGCGGACACCAUGAAGACGCCGGGGUCACCUGCUCUGACUUUUUCUCCUUCUCACUGCGCUUGGUCAACGGCACUGACCGCUGCUCUGGAAGGGUGGAGGUGUACUACGCAGGACAGUGGGGGACAGUGUGUGAUGACGGCUGGGGUCUGAACGAUGCCCAUGUGGUCUGCAGACAGCUAGACUGUGGGGUGGCAGUCGAAUCCCAUACAUCAGCCCACUUUGGGGAAGGUAGUGGCCCAAUCAUGCUGGAUGAUCUUGGAUGUUCUGGUUCUGAAGAGGCUCUGUACCAGUGUAGCCACCGUGGGUGGGGAAACCACAACUGCGGACACCAUGAAGACGCCGGGGUCACCUGCUCUGGCAGCUCCUUCUCACUGCGCUUGGUCGACGGCACUGACCGCUGCUCUGGAAGGGUGGAGGUGUACUACGCAGGACAGUGGGGGACAGUGUGUGAUGACGAGUGGGGUCUGAACGAUGCCCAUGUGGUCUGCAGACAGCUAGACUGUGGGGUGGCUCUAGAUGCCUAUGUAUCAGCCCACUUUGGGGAAGGUAGCGGUCCAAUCACACUGGAUGACCUGAGAUGUUCUGGUUCUGAAGUGUCUCUGUACCAGUGUAGCCACAGUGGAUGGGGAAACCACAACUGCGGACACCAUGAAGACGCCGGGGUCACCUGCUCUGGCAGCUCCUUCUCACUGCGCUUGGUCAACGGCACUGACCGCUGCUCUGGAAGGGUGGAGGUGUACUACGCAGGACAGUGGGGGACAGUAUGUGAUGACGAGUGGGGUCUGAACGAUGCCCAUGUGGUCUGCAGACAGCUAGACUGUGGGGUGGCAGUAGAUGCUCCUGCAUCUGCCCAUUUUGGGGAAGGUAGCGGCCCAAUCACAUUGGAUGACCUGGGAUGUUCUGGUUCUGAAGGUUAUCUGGAUCAUUGUAGCCACAGUGGAUGGGGAAACCACAACUGUGAACACUAUGAAGACGCCGGGGUCACCUGCUCUGGCAGCUCCUUCUCACUGCGCUUGGUCAACGGCACUGACCGCUGCUCUGGAAGGGUGGAGGUGUACUACGCAGGACAGUGGGGGACAGUGUGUGAUGACGAGUGGGAUCUAAAUGAUUCCCAAGUGGUCUGCAGACAGCUAGACUGUGGGGUGGCAGUAGAUGCUCCUGCAUCUGCCCAUUUUGGGGAAGGUAGCGGCCCAAUCACAUUGGAUGACCUGGGAUGUUCUGGUUCUGAAGGUUAUCUGGAUCAUUGUAGCCACAGUGGAUGGGGAAACCACAACUGUGAACACUAUGAAGAUGCCGGGGUCACCUGCUCUGGCAGCUCCUUCUCACUGCGCUUGGUCAACGGCACUGACCGCUGCUCUGGAAGGGUGGAGGUGUACUACGCAGGACAGUGGGGGACAGUGUGUGAUGACGAGUGGGGUCUGAACGAUGCCCAUGUGGUCUGCAGACAGCUAGACUGUGGGGUGGCAGUAGAUGCUCCUGCAUCUGCCCAUUUUGGGGAAGGUAGCGGCCCAAUCACACUGGAUGACCUGGGAUGUUCUGGUUCUGAAGGUUAUCUGGAUCAUUGUAGCCACAGUGGAUGGGGAAACCACAACUGUGAACACUAUGAAGACGCCGGGGUCACCUGCUCUGGCAGCUCCUUCUCACUGCGCUUGGUCAACGGCACUGACCGCUGCUCUGGAAGGGUGGAGGUGUACUACGCAGGACAGUGGGGGACAGUGUGUGAUGACGAGUGGGGUCUGAACGAUGCCCAUGUGGUCUGCAGACAGCUAGACUGUGGGGUGGCAGUAGAUGCUCCUGCAUCUGCCCAUUUUGGGGAAGGUAGCGGCCCAAUCACAUUGGAUGACCUGGGAUGUUCUGGUUCUGAAGGUUAUCUGGAUCAUUGUAGCCACCGUGGAUGGGGAAACCACAACUGUGAACACUAUGAAGACGCCGGGGUCACCUGCUCUGGCAGCUCCUUCCCACUGCGCUUGGUCAACGGCACUGACCGCUGCUCUGGAAGGGUGGAGGUGUACUACGCAGGACAGUGGGGGACAGUGUGUGAUGACGAGUGGGGUCUGAACGAUGCCCAUGUGGUCUGCAGACAGCUAGACUGUGGGGUGGCAGUAGAUGCUCCUGCAUCUGCCCAUUUUGGGGAAGGUAGCGGCCCAAUCACAUUGGAUGACCUGGGAUGUUCUGGUUCUGAAGGUUAUCUGGAUCAUUGUAGCCACAGUGGAUGGCGAAACCACAACUGUGAACACUAUGAAGACGCCGGGGUCACCUGCUCUGGCAGCUCCUUCUCACUGCGCUUGGUCAACGGCACUGACCGCUGCUCUGGAAGGGUGGAGGUGUACUACGCAGGACAGUGGGGGACAGUGUGUGAUGACGAGUGGGGUCUGAACGAUGCCCAUGUGGUCUGCAGACAGCUAGACUGUGGGGUGGCAGUAGAUGCUCCUGCAUCUGCCCAUUUUGGGGAAGGUAGCGGCCCAAUCACAUUGGAUGACCUGGGAUGUUCUGGUUCUGAAGGUUAUCUGGAUCAUUGUAGCCACAGUGGAUGGCGAAACCACAACUGUGAACACUAUGAAGACGCCGGGGUCACCUGCUCUGGCAGCUCCUUCCCACUGCGCUUGGUCAACGGCACUGACCGCUGCUCUGGAAGGGUGGAGGUGUACUACGCAGGACAGUGGGGGACAGUGUGUGAUGACGAGUGGGGUCUGAACGAUGCCCAUGUGGUCUGCAGACAGCUAGACUGUGGGGUGGCAGUAGAUGCUCCUGCAUCUGCCCAUUUUGGGGAAGGUAGCGGCCCAAUCACAUUGGAUGACCUGGGAUGUUCUGGUUCUGAAGGUUAUCUGGAUCAUUGUAGCCACAGUGGAUGGGGAAACCACAACUGUGAACACUAUGAAGAUGCCGGGGUCACCUGCUCUGGCAGCUCCUUCUCACUGCGCUUGGUCGACGGCACUGACCGCUGCUCUGGAAGGGUGGAGGUGUACUACGCAGGACAGUGGGGGACAGUGUGUGAUGACGAGUGGGGUCUGAACGAUGCCCAUGUGGUCUGCAGACAGCUAGACUGUGGGGUGGCAGUAGAUGCUCCUGCAUCUGCCCAUUUUGGGGAAGGUAGCGGCCCAAUCACACUGGAUGACCUGGGAUGUUCUGGUUCUGAAGGUUAUCUGGAUCAUUGUAGCCACAGUGGAUGGGGAAACCACAACUGUGAACACUAUGAAGACGCCGGGGUCACCUGCUCUGAAGCAGUUCCCAGGUCAAUGCGCUUGGUGAACGGCCCCCAUCGCUGCUCUGGAAGGGUGGAGGUGUACUACGCAGGACAGUGGGGGACAGUGUGCGAUAACGGAUGGGAUCUAAAUGAUGCCCAUGUGGUCUGCAGACAGCUAAACUGUGGGAUGGCAGUAGACGCCCCUGGUUCAGCCUACUUUAGGGAAGGCAGCUCCCCAGUGCGCUUGGUGAACGGUGGUGACCGCUGCUCUGGAAGAUUGGAGGUGUACUAUAACAAUCAAUGGGGGACAGUGUGUGACGAUGGGUUCCGCUGA